GCCGCAGUCGCCGGUGAUCGCGCACUGGCCCUGCCCCGCCGACCCCCGGGCCACUGCGCGCGGCUCCGCGCGGACAGCGAGCACGUCGCGACGGACGACGUCGCCGGCAGCGGUGGCCUCGGCCUCCACGGCCCUCCUCCAGGGGAAGGCUGCUCGGCGCGGCCUUAGGCAACGCGUGCUGUCCGGGUGAGCGCAGACACAGGCAUUCCCCUCUUGGAGGAGAGCCCCGUGCACCAGCCGCAUAGCGUGUUUUCGCUGCAGGAACACUGAGCGCCACGCCACGCCACGCCUACCAAGGACUUCUUCAAGCACGCCAAUUCUUCGAGCAACACAAUUUUUCUCUUUCGGCUUCCUAUUUUUUCUAUUCUCUUUACUCUUUUACUCUUUCUCUCUCUUUCAUUUCUAUCUGUCCUCUCAGUGCACCACCGUGUCACUUCCCCUCUACCCCCCGUUUGGUUGGAUCUUCAGCCUCCGACGAACCAGCGGAUUUUCGCCCUCCUUUCUAACUAAGAAAAAAAUCCACUAAACACGAUUUUUUUCCAAAACUAACAACGAAAUCCCGUUUGAAAUUUGUAUUAUGACUACUACGCUCUAAAAGAAGACAGUGGCAUGUUCCUUGUUCCGAAGAAAAUCUGAAGAAAUCUACGACGAGCCUCAGCAAGCAAAGCUGAGGCCGGCGCUAGGCAAGCGGGCGACACGAAGCACAAGCUCUCCCCACCCGUGCCGCGCGAGCCCGCGCGUCCACGGGGAGGGGUCUGCGUCCAGAGGCAUACCAGCGGACGACAAAAAGACCACGAACAUUUCAUUUCAAUUUUUUCACGCUUUUGUACUAACAUUAUUUCCCUGCCCAAAACGUAAUACACCGUCUUGGGCGAGGAAGUGUGCGCGAGCUUUGUUAUCACUAUUGGCAAACAAGUUGACUUGUUUAAAGUCUCUACCGCGCGCCGGACAGAGAAGUCAAUUGUUUUUAUCAUUUUGUGCCGCACGGCAAUCUAGGGUACGUAAGCGAUAAUAAUUUUUAAUAAAAAGUUAGGAUUAUUUGUUUGGUGAUAAUGAAUGAGUGUGAAUGAAGUGAGACAGUUGAACUCCGGUGUAAAUCAAGCGAUACUCGAGUAAAACUCCAGUGGGACAUCAGUGAGGCUUCGCGAUGGAUUCCGACGAGUCCACGAUCAUCAUGGGCGCGGAGGUGGGGCCCGGGGGCCGGUCCCGGGAGGGCUCCCUCAUGCUGGGCGGCCUGGGGAGGUCCCCCUCGGGCUCGGCGCACACCCUAGGCAGCCUGGGCGGCCUCGGUGGGGGCGGCCUGGGCGGCAGCGGUGUGCAAUUCAUGGGGGGCAUGGCGUCCCUGGUGGAGCGCGCCAAGUUCUACACCUCUCUGUGCCUGGGCACCACGGCCAUCCUGUCCGUGUUCGCCUUCCUCUUCCUCAUCCCGUUCGUCGUGGACCCGGCCAUCUCGUCCAUCCUGGCCAACUACGAGCGCGAGGCCGUGACCUGCGUGGCCACGGACCACGUGUACACCGAAGGGCUGACCAACUGCUCCUGGGCCUCGUGCCGCGAGGGCUGCACCACUGCCACGCCCCGCUGCCACCAGAUCAGGGUCAACUACAGCCACGUGCCCUACCACACGUGGGCGCUCACGCAGGACCGCGCGUCGCUGCAGUGGGCCGUGACGGAGACGCGCUUCCUGGUUAACACGGAGGGCUGCGGCUACCCGCCGCGGGUCAACUGCUCCGAGUUCGCCAAGCAGUACGGCUACUCGCGGCUGGGGGUGCCCUUCCCCUGCUACUACUCGCGGGCCUACCCGCAGAUAGUCGUGGCGCGCUACUCCUGGGAGGAGACGCUGCGCCACCUGCUGCUGUCGCUCAUCGUGCCCAACGUGCUCUUCGGCGUGUCCGUGGGCGUGCUCUGCUACUGGUACUGUUGCCAGGGCAGCCAGGACACCGUGUCCUACGUUGAGAAGUUCUCCACCAAGGACGACGACGAGGACCCUGACGAGGACUUCGACGAGGAAGAAGAGUACUGACGACUCCUCGGGGGCGCCGUCGAGCUCCCCGCCGACCGCCCGGACUCCCCUCCGCCGUCGUCGAGGCACGGCGUCAACCGCAGGCGCCAGGACGCCCGGGAGCGGCCCGAGGCGGCGCGGCCUGGGGCGAGGCCAGCCCGACCCCGCCAUGUCACCCAAUGUUAGCCAAUGUUAGCUCAGCUCCUAAGGCUCGGAACCCGCGGAGCGGGCCAGACAGAUGCCAAAGUAUAUUUAGGCAAAAAUCUUUCUCAACUCUUUCGGCUUGCACAGCGCUAGCGAGCACAGCGUUAGUUGUUCUGUCUCGUAGAGGACGUGCUCAUUACAUAGGGCAUAGUGCCCAUAACUAAUGGGAUGGUACUACUGACGUACAGUGAUUUUCGAGGACCAUUUUAUGAGAUAAUUUGUACAUGUCCCGGGAGACGCUGGAUAUCGGCAUGCAGGAUGUGUGAUGUGGCGGGUUCGGACGAGCGGCACCCAGGCCCCAGCCCGGCCCUGAGCACCAGUCGGGCCACCUCCAUCAAGACUCAUGUACAUAAAAAUAUCUUUCUUGGGAUCCACCAAGGUGUUCUUACUUGUGCGACUGGAGUACACAUCAACAUCAAGUCGAUGUGGACGAGUGUGUGGACGAGUGUGUGUAAGUGUGUACGUAUGUGCGUUGUAUGUAAGAUCCAACGAGACCAAAGGUUACAAAAAUGUUUUUAAAAGGCGCUCGUUCUUUUGAGUAGAACGUUACAGUAGUUGCAGCGCAAUAUUAUGUGUUCAUAUCCUUGAGGAAAAAGUUGGGUCGAGUGAGGGUGGUGUCACCCUUAUGUGCCUUCCAUUAAUGUGAGCGUUUUUUGUAGUUCCCUUUUGUUCAAGUAGAGAUUGAACUUAUUCUGAACUAAACCGUUCAUGGCGUUUCUUCGGCAUUCGGGGAGCAGUACUUAGGGUAUUGUUGUGCGCCAGAGAACUGCAAAGGGCUUCUACGACCCACUAGGAUUAAGUUUGUUGUUGGUGGCGGCAUUGUAUAGGUAUGUGCUUCGUUCAGCUCAACUACUGUGAUAAGCUUUUUUUAAUGUAACAAAGAUAGAAGAUUGAUUGAUUAAUUACAAACUUUGAUUUGUCAUUAUAAAGAACAGCAGGAAGCAUCAGAGCGCAACCCAACAGAAUGCAAUAAUGUGGUUGUUAUUUUUCCCUAUUUUAUUUCCAGCGAUCGGUGUAUGAAGUGCUACACUCAUCCCUUUAACUUUUUAUCUGCAAAUGUUGUGAGAAAGUUGUCUGAAAACUUUGGAUAUUACAUCGGCUACAUUAAAAACACAUUGCUUUGUAAAGUUUUAUUGCCGGUGCUGUGAUUGAAUAUUGUAUGGAUACAACUUUGAAAAGAAUUGAGCGCGCAUUCAUGGAUAUUGUGUGAAUAGUAACUCAAAAGUAAGAUGCCCUUUUCCAGUUUGUAAUGUUCGAGCACGUCAGAUCUUUAGAUAAAAGUUUUGCAUUUCCUCUCUCUUUAACAGAUAAUUCUCGUUUGUGAAAAGCAAUAAUAACAUAGAAUACAAUUGAAGUAUUAGAUCUCAUUUUAUGGUUGACUUUUUGUGAUUUCUAUCUUUUAUUUGAAAUUUGCAAUUCUCCAGCAAAGUAGGUAUUUAUGUUUCUUUACUAUCUUAAAAUUAUGAGCUCUGUAGCAGUAUCGGCUAGUUGGAACAUUAGUAAAAACAACUAACAGCGGUAAAACAAUUUCUUUCCUCACUUCCUAAUAUUUGCUCUAAAAAUGUCUUUUACCUCAAUUCCGUUACUGUCUAUCAAAAUAGUUGAGAGGUCUAAUACUAAAAUCAAACUGGCUACCAAUCUUGAUGUUUGCCAUUGGUACAUUUGUGAUGCCCUUGACAUAGGGAAAAUAGAAUGUCACAGCAUAGUGUACUCUCAUUCUAAGUUCAUUUCUCACAUGUGUUCACAUUGUCUUCAUUUCUUCAAUUAACAAAGAAUUGAUUGGUACAAUAAAAUUAUGUAUAUUUGCAGAUCAA